GAAAAUCGAAGAAGAAGAAGAAGAAAAACGAAGAAGAAUUUGAUAUAGAUACCGUACGCGGUUCAGUUUUUUCAUCUUUCCGUGGUCGUUCAGCUUUCUACAACAUCACCAUGUUAAAGGAGUUGAUAAGGGAUCGACUCAUUGCGGCCGCCGACGAAAUCUUCGGCCUCUUGGAAAGAACCGUAACGUCGUACGAGGAGCAACUUUGUCGAGCGAGAGAGGAGAGCGAACGACACCGACGACAACUCCAAGCGAUUACCAAGACUCAAGUUGUCGUACGCCUCGAAGAUGCACAGCAGCUAAUUGAUGGCCAGGAGCAGCAUUCUCCCCAGUUGCUAGAGAUGGGAAAUCCAUCGUCCAUCAAUGUUCAAAAAGAAGAGUUGAAUCCUGCGCCUCCAUAUGUUAAAGAGGAAGAGGAGAAUCUGGAGUUCCCUCACAUUAAAGAGGAAGAGGAAGUCAGCAAGUUGUCACUGCCUGGUGUCUCUAUGGAAAGUGAAGCCACUGAGUGGCCACAGCUUCAGCCUCAUAGUUCUAAAGGAGACCACCAUGAAGGACCACAAUCAGACAACCAAUUCGCUGCAAUGCCAGACAGGCGCAACAUGGAAGAAUUUGAUACAUCCGUUAAGAAAGAAUGGAAAGACUUUAUGGAACUUAACGACUCGCCAAACAUUUCACCGUCUUUGCUUUGGGAAACAGGGAAAUGCGUAAUUCGAGGCAAGAUCAUCUCAUAUUCAUCAGAUGUACAGCAGCUAAUUGAUAGCCAGGAGCAGCAUUCUCCCCAGCUGCUAGAGCUGGGAAAUCCAUCGCCCAUCAAUGUUAAAAAAGAAGAGGUGAAUCCUGAGCCCCCAUAUGUUAAAGAGGAAGAGGCGAAUCUGGAGUUCCCUCACAUUAAAGAGGAAGAGGAAGUCAGCAAGUUGUUACUGCCUGGUGUCUCUAUGGAAAGUGAAGCUACUGAGUGGCCACAGCUUCAGCCUCGCAGUUCAAAAGGAGACCACCAUGAAAGACCACAAUCACACAACCAAUCAGCUGCAAUGCCAGACAGGCACAACAUGGAAGAAGCUUCGGGGAGCCACAUAGUCGGCCAAUGUGAUGACAAAAAGUCCAAGACGGAGAGAGAAAAAGAGACUCUCGCCAGAAAGGAUACUUCAAAAGGCUUGGGGUGCCCUUGCGCUUCCUCACGCGAAGAAGAGCGCGCUCACGCGAAGAAGUGCAGCUACAGAGCAUCCAAGCGAGUGAGCGAGUAAGUGAGAGGGAAACACUGCUAAGAGCCUACGUGUUUUGUUAAUGUUUGUAAAAUAUCUAGAGGCAACGCUCGAAUGUAUCAUCUUUUGUGUUGUUGUGUGUUUCCACUCGCGAUCGGACAUUUAAAUCCAGUUGCUUAGUGGUUUGAACGAUGUGCUAAUGCUAGCGAACGCAUGCUAACAUUUUGUGUUAUUACUGUAUUAGCAGCAAAUCAUUGCUGAUUUACGUUGAUGCGAACUUGUUUGUUAUUAGGGACGAAAUUGGUUUGUUUCAUUUCUAUUUUUAGUUUCACUCUUCAAGUGAUGGUUGAAUAAAGUCAGCAAAUUAUACCAACGUCUUCUGCGUCGUCAUUUGGGAGUUUAGCUAGCUAUAUAGCCAGGACUGAGCCCUAGCGUCUCGGUCAGGACAGUCAGUCUAUUCCCUCCCGAUGCAGUUAUGUCCACCUUGCAAUAACUGCAAGUCGCUUUGUUGUAAUUUUUCCUCGUGAAGUGAAGACACACUUUCGAGCGUUUGAACUUACGAGCUGUCAUUGUUAUGUUUACGGCUGCAAUGCUCGUGCUAAACCAUCGUAACCUUUCAUUUUCACCCUCUUUCCUGGUGAAGUGUAGCCAAACCAUGGAGCAAGUGCCAAGUGGUUCUUGGCGCCAUGCUUGUUUGAUGCGUCUGGACAACAAGACACGUCACGAAGCAAUGCGCGUCUUUAGGAAUCGUUAAAGGGAUCGUUUAAGACCAAAUGUAAAGUAAUAG